GUGUCCCGAUUGGCUCACCUGUGCCCUCUCAAUCAGCAGCUGAAAGCUUCUAAAAAGACUCGGUGCUGCUCGCCACUGCUCUGACCUGUUCAGUAGUUUGAGUUCAGCUGAUCGACCUGAUCGGAUUUGCUGGUCACUGAGUUAUGGCGACGACUGUGAGAUUCUUGCUGUUAGCUUGGUUCAUUUUUCAGAAACACAAAGUAAAUGCUUACAACGGUGGAUUUGAUGGGAGUAAAGCUAAAGGGAUGGCUGCAAGAUUCAAACCGGACUCUAGUUCUGAACACGACUCUUCCUGGACGUCGUUUGAUAAUUCGGCCUCUAAAGGAAGUGAGCGACAGGUUACAGAUCCAGGUUAUCCGCCGCAGUGGAUGCCCCACCCACCUCAGAAGCCCCAGGGCGCCCAAUGGUCGAGCCAUCUCCCGCCACACACGAAGAUGUCCGGCUUUCCUCCACAGCAGCCUCAACAAAUCAAGUUACCCUUCUACCUUUCCCAGCAUCCCAUGCACCCCGAAGGGCCUGGCUACCAGCCCCCACACCCCCAGGUACCCAGCUACUCAUCCCAACACCCCCAGAGCCCAGAACUGCCCCGGUACCCAUCACAGCAGCAUGCUGAGUGGCAGAAGAUGCAACAGCCCCCAUCUCCCGGCUCGCCCCCUCAGCACCCCAAGCUGCCCGGCCAUCCUCAUCAGCAGCACCCCAAGCUGCCAGACUACCCUUCUCCACAACCGAAGUUACCCAGCUACCUCCCUGAGCAGCAGCACCCCAGACCUCCUGCUUUCCUGCCACCUGAGGAGUACCACAGCCCCCCCAGUUACCCUCAACUGCCCCCGGAGUCCCAGCAUGCUCCCAGUUACCCCACACAGCCUUACCUGCCACCCAUGCAACCACAGAUCUACCUGCCCCAGCAGCACCAUGGCAUGAGCAGCUACCCGCCCCAACACAAGCUGCCCAGCUACCCCCCCCAGGAGCCAAAGCACAAAGACUUUCCUGGUUACCCCAACCAGCGACUGCAGAGCCCCGACUCCAGCGCCGAGCUGCCCCAGCAUCCCUGGCAGAGGCCCCCGUCUGAACAGUCGCAGGCCCCCAGUUAUCCACCUGCGGGUCAACAGCAACCAAAACGGCCGCAGGGGCCCCGCCUCCCCAGCCAGAAACGGCAGAUGCCGCGCUACAUCCCAAAGAGGGUCCCGCAUCACAGCUUCAUGCCGCAGCGGCCCCAUGUACCGCCGUACCACUCAAAGCGCCCGCACUACCAGAACGGCUGGAGAGGACACUGAGAUGUGACUGCAGUCUUUAAAUAAAACACUUUAACUUAA